AUGACAAAUCCCAUGUUACUUAAAUCAAUUGCUUACAUGAUUGACCUCGCAUCUAAUGAACAUUAUGUAUCUUUUCUUGAAAAACCUAUAAUGAUUGCUAACAAUGUUUAUGAAGGUAAUGAAAAUGAUGAUGAAUAUUUUCCAGAACAAAAAGGAGACAGAGAAUUUAAAUACAGAGGGAAGUUAAUCAUGAAGGAACCAAGUUUUGUUACCCCAAGUCAGGGACACCAAGCACUUAGAACUUUGAAUAUUAAUGUGGAAUA